AUGCACGGCUGCCCGCGGCUUGCGUUGCUCUGCGCGCUGCCCUGGCUCCUGCGGGCGGCGGCGCCCGGGCACCCCUCAAAGCCCCCGACUCAGACUCCCGCGCCGCGCCGCGAGCCCAGCGACCCUGCCAGGGGCGCCGAUUUCGAUCACGUCUACAGCGGGGUGGUGAGCCCGAGCACCGAGAACAUCUACUCCUUCAACUACACCAGCCAGCCCGGCCAGGUGACAGCCGUGCGAGUGUAUGUGAACAGUUCUUCUGAGAACCUUGACUACCCAGUCCUCGUUGUGGUUCGCCAGCAGAAAGAAGUGCUGUCCUGGCAGGUUCCUCUGCUCUUCCAAGGACUAUACCAGAGGAGCUACAACUACCAGGAAGUCAGCCGCACCUUGUGUCCCUCAGAAGCGACCAAUGAAACAGGACCCCUAGAGCAACUGAUAUUUGUAGAUGUGGCAUCCAUGGCACCACUGGGGGCCCAGUACAAGCUGCUGGUUACCAAGAUCAAGCACUUCCAGCUCCAGACAAACGUUGCCUUUCACUUCACUGCCAGCCCCUCUCAACCUCAGUAUUUUCUAUACAAAUUUCCCAAAGAUGUGGACUCAGUUAUCAUUAAAGUGGUGUCUAAAAUUGCUUAUCCAUGUUCCGUUGUCUCAGUCCAGAAUAUCAUGUGCCCAGUGUAUGAUCUUGACCACAAUGUGGAAUUUAAUGGUGUCUAUCAGUCCAUGACUAAGAAAGCUGCCAUCACGCUACAGAAGAAGGAUUUUCCAGGCGAGCAGUUCUUUGUGGUGUUUGUGAUAAAGCCUGAAGAUUAUGCGUGUGGAGGAUCUUUCAGCACCCGAGAAAAGGAGAAUCAGACAUGGAAUCUUCAAAGAACAAAGAUCCUUAAAGUGACCAUUGUUCCUUCCAUUAAAGAAUCCGUUUACGUGAAAUCCAGUCUUUUCAGUGUCUUCGUCUUCUUGUCCUUCUACUUGGGAUGCCUGCUUGUUGUGUUAGUUCAUUAUCUGAGGUUUCAGAGAAAAUCCAUCGAUGGAAGCUUUGGUUCCAAUGACGGCUCUGGAAAUAUGGCGGUGUCACAUCCCAUUGCUGCCAGCACACCUGAAGGGAGCAGUUAUGGGGCAAUAGAUGAGUCAAGCUCCAGUCCGGGAAGGCAGAUGUCCUCCUCUGAUGGUGGGCAGCCAUGCCACUCAGACACAGACAGCUCCGUGGAGGAGAGUGACUUCGACACCAUGCCAGAUAUUGAAAGUGAUAAAAAUAUCGUUCGGACCAAGAUGUUCCUUUACCUGUCAGAUCUAUCCAGGAAGGAUCGGAGAAUUGUCAGCAAAAAAUAUAAGAUUUAUUUUUGGAAUAUCAUCACCAUCGCUGUGUUUUAUGCACUGCCUGUGAUUCAACUGGUCAUCACCUACCAGACAGUGGUAAAUGUCACUGGCAACCAGGACAUCUGUUACUACAACUUCCUCUGUGCUCACCCCUUGGGCGUCCUGAGUGCCUUCAACAACAUUCUCAGCAACCUGGGCCAUGUGCUUCUGGGCUUCCUCUUCCUGCUGAUAGUCUGGCACCGGGACAUUCUCCAUCGAAGAGCUCUGGAAGCCAAAGACAUCUUUGCUGUGGAGUACGGGAUUCCCAAACACUUUGGUCUCUUCUAUGCUAUGGGCAUCGCAUUGAUAAUGGAAGGGGUGCUCAGUGCUUGUUACCAUGUCUGCCCUAAUUACUCCAACUUCCAAUUCGACACCUCCUUCAUGUACAUGAUCGCGGGCCUCUGCAUGCUGAAGCUCUAUCAGACCCGCCACCCGGACAUCAACGCCAGCGCCUACUCCGCCUACGCCUCCUUCGCGCUGGUCAUCACGCUCACGGUCCUCGGAGUGGUGUUUGGAAAAAAUGAUGUGUGGUUCUGGGUCAUCUUCUCUGCAAUCCAUAUUCUGUCCUCUCUGGCCCUCAGCACCCAGAUCUACUACAUGGGUCGUUUCAAGAUAGAUGUGUCUGACACAGCAGAUUUGGGGAUUUUCCGGCGAGCCGCUAUGGUGUUCUACACGGACUGUGUCCAGCAGUGUAGCCGGCCUCUGUAUAUGGAUAGAAUGGUGCUGCUUAUCGUGGGGAAUGUGGUUAACUGGUCCUUCGCCCUCUUCGGGUUGAUAUACCGCCCCAGGGACUUCGCUUCCUACAUGCUGGGGAUCUUCAUCUGCAACCUGCUGCUGUACCUGGCCUUCUACAUCAUCAUGAAGCUCCGCAGCUCCGAGAAGGUCCUCCCAGUGCCACUUUUCUGCAUCGUGGCCACCGCUGUGGUGUGGGCUGCCGCCCUGUAUUUUUUCUUCCAGAAUCUCAGCAGCUGGGAGGGAACCCCAGCUGAAUCCCGGGAGAAGAACCGUGAGUGUAUCCUGCUGGAUUUCUUUGAUGACCAUGACGUCUGGCACUUCCUCUCUGCUACUGCGCUGUUUUUCUCAUUCUUGGUUUUGUUAACUCUGGAUGACGACCUGGAUGUGGUUCGGAGAGACCAGAUCCCUGUUUUCUGAGCCUCCAGCAUGAAGAGGGGGGACAGGAAGCAAUCAGUCUUGGUGCUGUUUCUUGAAAAAUACAGUGACUGCAGCAAACUAACCACUGCCAAAUGCUCCAGUCGCCCUCUGCAGUGUUUUCACACAGGAAGAGGAGGAGCUGGGGGAGAUCCAAACCGACAAGAAGGGAGAUAGGAGGGAAGCCAUGCUGAGGAGCCAAGAAACAGCCAUCCCCUUCCAUUUACAGCUCUCUGGGUUAGACGUGGACCAAAGCUGCAUCCAAGUGAACUCACUAUCUUGCAACCCCUCCACUCUUACCUGAGAACUGCCAGCAAUGGAGAUGCUGCUGCGCUUAGCUGCCGCCAUGCCCAGAAAGGCCAGCAGCUUGGGUAUCCCAGCCAGAAACUUCAGCUUGGCCCUCUUGGUACCUAU